AUUGGAUUAGGUGAAAUAAUAGAGAAGUACCAUAAAAUAAUGACCAAUUUUUUUUUCUCAAUCUCAAUAGUCAAAUUGGUAUCAAAGAACAGUCAGAGGACAACUCAUUAUUGGAACAUGUCCUUACAGGUUUAACCUUUUCUUGGUUGUUAACAAAUGAUUUUGAACAGGUUUUACCUCAAAAUAUGUCAUCAUUGGAGGGUAAAAGAAAGGACAAUUUGCGGCUAUAAAAGGAAGACUAGAAGCGGCAUCAUAAGCAUAAGCAAACAGCCAUAGUUUUCUAGUAAAGAUGGGGAGCCACCACACUCCUCUCCUCGCCACCUUUCUGGUGGUGUUUCUUGCUAUUUGCCUUCCUCUAGAAACCUCAGCUGACGAUCAUUACAAGUACUCAUCUCCUCCCCCUCCCCCUCCGGUGUACAAGUACAAGUCUCCACCACCACCACCUCCGGUUUAUAAGUACAAGUCUCCUCCACCGCCUCCUCCGGUCUACAAGUACAAGUCUCCCCCGCCACCACCCCCUUAUAAGUACAAGUCUCCACCACCACCUCCUCCGGUCUACAAGUACAAGUCUCCCCCGCCACCACCCCCUUAUAAGUACAAGUCUCCACCACCACCUCCUCCGGUCUACAAAUACAAGUCUCCCCCGCCACCACCCCCUUACAAGUACAAAUCUCCUCCACCACCCCCAUACAAGUACAAGUCUCCACCACCACCUCCUCCGUACAAGUCCCCGCCGCCACCGCCAGUAUACAAGUCUCCACCACCACCUCCUCCUAAAUACAACUCUCCACCACCACCACCGCCUAAAUACAAGUCGCCACCACCACCUCCUCCUGCAUACAAGUCUCCACCACCGCCGCCGCCUAAGUACAAGUCCCCACCACCUCCUCCUCCGGUAUACAAGUCUCCUCCACCACCACCUCCUAAAUACAAGUCCCCACCGCCACCUCCACCUAAGUACAAGUCUCCUCCUCCUCCACCGCCAGUCUACAAGUCCCCACCGCCACCUCCACCAAAGUACAAGUCCCCUCCACCACCGCCAGUUUACAAGUCUCCACCGCCGCCGCCACCAAAGUACAAGUCCCCUCCUCCACCACCACCAGUCUACAAGUCUCCACCACCACCGCCGCCUAAGUACAAUUCUCCUCCACCACCUCCACCAGCAUACAAGUCUCCGCCACCCCCACCGCCUAAGAACAACCACCCCCAUCCGUACAAGUCCCCGCCACCACCGCCAGUUUACAAAUCUCCACCACCACCUCCUCCCAAAUACAAGUCUCCUCCACCACCACCGCCCAAGUACAAGUCGCCACCACCACCACCUCCGGUAUACAAGUCUCCUCCACCACCACCUCCUAAGUACAAGUCCCCACCACCUCCUUCUCCGGUAUACAAGUCUCCACCGCAACCUCCACCAAAGUACAAGUCUCCUCCUCCUCCAGUCUACAAGUCCCCACCCGCACCUCCGCCUAAAUAUAAGUCUCCUCCACCACCUCCAAUUUACAAGUCCCCACCAUCCCCACCAAAGUACAAGUCUCCUCCACCACCGCCACCUAAGCACAAAUCUCCUCCUCUACCUCCUCCAGUUUAUAAGUUUCCACCACCACCUCCGCCUAAAUACAAGUCUCCACCACCUCCAAAGCACUACUGA